GAUGGCGCUCAUCUAACAUAUGAGCAGUUCAUGCAGGAAACGCGUAGACUGUAAAACCAAAACAGACACACACCCCCAAGAAACGCGGGACAUGUGGUUUAAUAGCGUAGUUUAAACGUGCGUUUUUGAACUUUGAAAACUGUCAGUAUUGUUAGACAGUCAAUUCAUAUAAAUUCUUUUCGCUUUCUGAUUGAGUCAUUUGUUCACGCGUCCACGUACUAGCUAGCUAACCUAGCUAACCUAGCUAGCUAACAGCAAACGAGCUAGCUCGCUAGCGAGUUAUGCAAGCAUUGAGUGAAUGUGUGCUAAAAUUUGCGUGUUAGCUAAACUACCUAGCGGCAGGCAGGCCGUUUUCUUCCUGGUAACUAGUUUAAUCACAUCGUCCCUCUGCAAAAAUGAUGAAAAGCGUGGGCAAGCUCUUUGGAUUACGACGGAAAUGUGCUCCGCCAAAGUCCCGCAUUGACAAGAAAAAGACGCGAGUGAAUAUGAUCGACCAACUUCUCGAUGACAGCGAUGAAGGAUCAUACGCCAGCACAACUAGUGUUAGUUCAGAAAGCGAGUACCGGGAGUCUGACGAUGGAUCUUACAGCUCUGACAGCUCCUAUCGACCUAAACGCGAAAGCGAUGGAGAUAACAGUACCGAGACAGAUGAAAAUUGCGCCGCGCCUCGCAGGCAGCGCAAGAGGUCUACGAGCGUAAGAGCCCUGGAGGACGACUCGAGUGGUUCGUCCGAGAGCGACGUCGGGGCCGAGCCUCGCAGAAAAGCUUUACAGAGAAAACGCCUGAAGCUUCCAGAUUCCGAGGACGAGGCAAUUAAGGAGAAGAAAAAAGAAGCAGAGGUUAAAGAAGCUGCUGCGAAGAGGAGGGAGCGAAACAAGAAGCUAAUGGAACUGUCAAAGAAGAGAACGUCAGUUACCCCGCGACGCAGGCGCAGAACUUUGGGUUCAGAAGAGGAGGAAGGUGAGGAGGAUAAAGGAAAAGAUGAGGGCAAAGCAGAGGAUUCGGGAGAGAGCUCCAGUGAAGAGGAUACCAAGCCUUUGAUGGACAGCAGUGAAGAAGAAAAGCAGGAAGACAGUGACAGCUUGAAGGACUUCAUCGUAGAUGAACAGAAAGGGGAGGCGGAAGAGGAUGAAGCAGAGAAAACAAAGGACAAAGACUUUCUCUCUCAUCUUCCACGCCAGUUCAUUACUGGAUCUCAGUUGACCCACUUUCAGGUGGUGGUCAAAGCACUGCUGAUCAAUGUGCUGGACGCAUCCUUCCUCAAGUCACUUUAUGAUGGAGAGCGGACGAAGCGCUACGCACAAGAGAUGAAAUCAUCGCUGCACCACUUUGACGAGCGACUGGUGCUCCCGCGCUUGGAAAACCUGAAGCAGAGGAGUCGCUGGAAGGACCGCUACAAAGAACGCGUGGAGUGCUACCCCAAAGUGCGGAUUACCAUGGUGAACAUCCGCACGAAGGGCUGCGAGGCCUGCGAGCUCCACAGAAACGGCCGCUUCAGCGUGCAUCUCUCUGGACAGCUGUAUCACAGCGACACCCUGCAGGAGGACCAUUUCAUGCCCGAUGACUCACAGAGUUUCCUUGUGGGCUCAGUGUGCGCCAGCCGUACUGAGGUGUACCACGCACUGAAGCAUUUCAAGUACCAUCUGUCUGAGCGCUGCCGCUCUGCACUGGAGGCUCAGAAAGGGGUAGAGGAGCAGGAGGGCGGAGACGAAGACGAGCCAGUAAAGGACAUAGUUAACAAGGUGUUCAACAAACUGCAGGAGGGAGGCUGGAUUACUGAGCAAUAUGAGGAGUUUCAGGAGCACCUCAAUGCUGCGGAUUUCUUCCAAGAGGAAAAGCUUGACUAAGGAAAUUAACUCUUAUGUAAAUACUUUUACAUAUAGUCACAAAUCGUUUUGAGCUUUACAUUAAAAUUCAGUGUAUUUCAUUGAAUGGCAUAUUACAUAUUAAAGGUUAGUGUUUGAUUUACAUAGCAUAAUUUUUCAAUUAACGCAUUUUACUUUUACAGGAUUUAUAUAUAUUGACAUCAGAGUUAAAUUUGAGAAUGUAUAAUGAUCCAUCCUAAUUCUAAAUCUUUUCAGGAUGAGGUGUAUCUUUAAUAUUUACAUUUAUGUACGUAUAAUAUAUACCGUAUAUAACCUGAGUAAUUGUAAAAGUGUUUUACUACAUUUACAUUUUGUUAAUUUUAUGUACAUACCAUUUUAUUUUAAGCAUGUUUGUGAGUUUAUAAAGUUUAUGUAUCACUCAUAAAAAUCAGAAUAUCAAAACUUGUCAUUUGAAGGAGGGAAAAAGACCCUUUUCAAUAAACUGAGGAGAUUACA